AUGACUCAGGCGAACCCUCCCAAUCCUCCAAUCCCCAACCUGGAAAAUCCGCGGUUCACGCUCGAGCUCGAAUUCGUUUUAUCUCUCGCAAACCCCCAUUACGUCUCUCACCUAGCUAUCACAUAUCCUCACCUCCUUGGAGUGUCUUCUUCAUCUUCCUCAUCUCGUGCCGCCAUCGAUAAUUCUACGUCCACUCCUAUCUCCGACGCGCAAUCAUUCGCCGCUUACCUCGCCUACUUAUACUCGUACUGGAAACAACCUGAAUAUGUGCAGUUUUUAACACACCCAGGGGCGACACUACGGGCACUUCGGUUGCUGCAGGACGAGUCAUUUCGCCAGGCUGUCAUUCGUCCCCAGGUUAUCGAGGCGCUGCUGGGUGCUGGGACAAAAAACGAUAGGGCAAUUGGCGGAGCUGGAGAGAAUAUCAAUAACUACGAGAAAGACGACCAGCAUGAACUUGACGCCGCGAAAACAACUGCUGGCCUUGGUAGCAUUGAGGGCCGAAAUGGAAUUGAAUGA